CCAUGUCACGGUCGUGCUUUUAAUAAAUAAACACAAAAAUCUUAAACAAGUUAGCAAAACCCACGCAACACCCGACUCUGAAAUGUGGGGAAACCAGGUUAGGGCAAAUGGAGAGAAAGUCACAGAAAGUCCUUAGCUUCUUUCUCUUCUCUCUCUUUUCUCUCUAUUGUGUGAAUUUCUCAGUGAAAAAUCGAAUAAUCGAUUCAUGCGUGUCUCCGUACUAAAGCCCACGCAACACCCGACUCUGAAAUUUGGGGAACCCAGGUUAGGGCAAAAGGAGAGACUCAAAACUUACACGAAUAUUACGACCUUCACUUGACUUGGAGGAAAUGCUCGAACAGCAAUAAUAUGCACUGUGAGUCCAGGAUUAAGUGAUGUAGAGCAAUCAAGGAACACGCUCUCAUUUGCAACUAAUGCAAAGGAAAAUGCUUCUUUGUGACCACUGAGAUGGACAAGUUUAACUUCUCUAGAGCAGUAGGUGAAUCCAUUUCAAUGAAUCACCACAACAAUAAUCCAAGUUACUGUAGAGUUGCAUGCUGAAGUCUGGCCUCAGAGCCUUUCUUUCCUUAAGGUUGCAUUUAAAUAUAUCUGACAAGGAGUUAACACACCUGCAGGUUGUACCAGGCAAGAAAUUAGUAAAGCAUUUACAAAAGGAGGUUGCCCGACUUGAAGCUGAGCUACGAAGUCCAGAACCUUCUUCCUUUGCAUGUUUAAGAACUUUACUGAUGGAGAAGGACUUGAAAAUCCAGCAGGUGUUCACUACUCACCAUUGGAUGGUUCGGAUAUACAAAUUAAAACCUCCGAAGAACAGGAUUCGUGUAAAAAUAAAGAAAUCAAAAUCGAAAGCAAGCUCCACAACCAGCUCAAAAAAAGAAGUGGAAAAAAAAAGAAGAAUCCCUGGCAAUGAAAGGCACUUUCAGAAGAUGCUGUCUCCAAUCAGUUACUUGUAACCCACAUAUUUAAUAUCCAAAACACUAAUUCGUUCUCUUAAAAGUAAUUUCUACAGCAAUUUUAUCGUGGUCAAUCCCAAACAGGCCUUUAUUAUGA